GGUCCUGUCAGUGUUUACUGGAGCAGGAUGGGCGCUCAGCUCGGGUUUGAGGAUGAGACUAAUCCGGAGAAAGAUCGCAGUAGCUGUGGUUUUGGCUUAUGUGUUUUUCUCGCUGUACGCUGCGUACAGUGUGUUCUUCAGUAAGAAGGUUAUUUCUCGUGUUCACCGAGUGGUGAAGAAGAGCUCCGCAGACAACACCAAAGCAGGAGAGGAAGAAUGGAACCCAUGGGAGGAGGAUGAGCGUGCAGACUCCAUCACUGUACUGCAGAAACGGAGGGAGGCUUAUAGAUCAUAUCAGGAGCGCAUUGCUAAGAGUAGGCCCAAAAGAUACAAAGUUCAGAUCUUGGGAAAGGCAGCUAUAGGACUGUACUUAUGGGAACACAUUUUAGAGGGGCCUUUGAAUCCUACUGACAAAACAGGUCAGUGGAGAGAAGGAGAGAUCCAGUCAGGAAAGAUCAAUUUCAGUUUCUACACAGGUCCGGCGGUAGUGCAGGGUCAUGUUCCUCUGGACACUGACAGUGUAGUUUUGGUGUUGAAUGGACGAGAACAGCAGAAGAUCUCCUACUCCAUCCAGUGGUUGCAGCAUGUUCAGGCUUUAGUCCAGGCCCACACAAUCUCUAAAGUGGCUGUAGUCUUACUGGGCAGUGAACAGUGCACUAAUGAUUGGAUCAGCCCCUAUCUGAAGAGACAGGGGGGGUUUGUGGAUCUGCUUUUCCUUGUGUAUGACAGCCCCUGGGUCAACGAUAAGGACAUCUUCCAGUGGCCUCUUGGUGUAGCCACGUAUAGGCAAUUUCCAGUCGUAAUGCCAAACACUCAGAUGGUAAGCUCUGCAAGACCCUACAUCUGCAACUUUCUUGGCACGGUCUAUAAGAACUCUUCUCGGGAAACUCUUAUGGGCAUCCUGAAACAAAAUGGCUUGGAAAAACAAUGUCUCACAAACGCUCGAGAGAAGUGGCUUCCUCAGGAGACAGCGGACACCUCCCGACAGUACCAGAUGGCUCUGGCUCAGAGUGACCUGACCCUGUGCCCAGUAGGAGUCAACACUGAGUGCUACCGUAUCUAUGAGGCGUGUGCGUAUGGCUCUGUGCCUGUGGUGGAGGACGUCCUCACUCCUGGAGCCUGCGCAGACGGCCGCAGCUCCCCUCUCCGGCUGCUCAAAGACGCAGGAGCGCCCUUCAUCUUCCUCAAAGAUUGGAAGGAGCUGCCAGCCAUCCUAGAGAAAGAGAGAGUGAUGAGCCAGGCAGAGAAGACGGAGAGGAGAAUGAGGCUGCUAGAGUGGUACACUGGAUUCCGUCAGCAGAUGAAGGACAAGUUCACAGAAGUCCUGGAGGAGGCCUUCUUUAAACUGAGCUAAGGAGAGGUCAGCAUAUUUGCACAAAAAAGAUUGAUCAGUUAAAGCACUGCUUCGUUGUUAUGACCUGACUCAACGUCCCUGCCACAUGACCCCAGAUGCUGCUUGUCCUCAGAAUGUUAUUUAUUUAGUUGAUGAAAUUUGACUGUACUUUUGGUGUUAAUAUGCCUUGUAAAUUAUUUUAUGUACAUCCUUUACUUUUUGUCUACAUUUGCUGUUGUGCAAUGAUGUGUUUUUAUGGUCAUAUUUAAAUGGUUUUGCUUUUAACAUGACAUAUGAAUAGUGUUUUAUCAUUUCCAUGCAUUGCAGUGCAAUAGAAUUAAAAAGAAUUUAACCUCUAAUGAAA